AUGUUUCAGUCCCUACACGCCUCCUCGACAGGCGGCGCUCCUGGCCAAGCCGCCCUGACCCCGAGUAGCCGCCACAAGAGGCCCAGGUCCCCCAUCGAUCCGCUCACUUCCGACGACAUCUUUGAAACUGCCAAGGGCCCGAGGAGAUUCCUCCUUGCGCUCAAGCCCAGCCAGCUAAUCUUCAUCGAAUCUUGCAAUGAAGGCGCACGCGGCCAAGGUGGCAUGUCUCCCCGGCGGAACUUCCGAUCAAGUCCGCUUCCAGCUGGGGCAAGCCACCCUUCGCGUCUCCGACCCGACGCCAACCCCACGCCGAGAGUGUCGGGGGCCACCGCGGGUUCCACCAGCCAUCGAAAGCCCACAAUGUCUCAGCUCAUUGCGGGCAUCGCCGAAUGCGCGGACCGCAUUGCAGAGAACACAGAGGUGUUGGCCGGUGCGGAGAAGCGGGCGGCCAACAGCCUAGAGGUCAUUUCCGAGUGCCAAAACACGCUGGCCGAUUGCCUCGAGACUAUUUCCGAGCAGAACAAGGGCAUCGCGGAUAUGCAGAAGGUGAUGCGGGAGUCUUUGGCGAGGAUCACGGGCUUUCAGGCGGGUAUUUUUCGGGCGUUGGAGCGUGUGAGUAUCUGCGUGGACCAUGUGCUUGCUCGGGAGGAGGGAGAAGAGGAGGAGGAGGAGGAGGGCGAAGAGGCCGUCACCAAAGCCACUCCCAACGCUGCCGCCACCAGCCCCUCCCAUCCACUCGCCGCCCAGUAUGUCGUGCGCCAACACCUUCCCCAGACCCAGUCCGUCCUCCGAGAACCAGCUACCGGCGACCGCCUGCGCGACCGUGGGCGUCGAAAGCCCAGCCUCCGUGCCAAAGGCGACGCCUCCCGUCCAACCCCCACGCCCACGCCGACGCUGACGCCCAAGGGACGGAAGCGCGCGAGGACAUCGGUCUCCGACGGCUCGGAAGAUGAGCUGGACGAUAUGACGCCCGCGGCUCGAUCUGGGACUCGAUGCGCCAAGUGCGCCGCUGCGAAACGCGCUUGCGUCGAUAUCCCCGUCGACGCACAAUCGGUGGUUUCCGCGUUUUGCGAAGCCUACGUCACCUUUGACGUGGACAAGUCCAUGUUAAACCGUGAGCCGAAGAAGCGAAGCGAUCGUGCCGCGGCAGCGCAACCCACAACCGCCACGUACAUAGCCGCUCCGGCGCAGCACCGCCCCGCCCCUCCGCCGCUGGGGACGCCCAAGACGGAAGAUUUGCUUCAAGCCAUCGUUGACAUGCAGCAGCGCGUCAUCGACACCAACGAACGCCUCAUCAGGACAGAGGAACGUCUCAAUACCACGCACGAAGCGCUCCUCGAGACGCAGGAGAGCCUUCUCCUUGUCCUGCGGGAGAUACGCGAGGCCCGGCGGUCGGGAACGCGCAACAUCAUUCUUCAGUGCCGCAUUCCUACUUUUGAGGAGGAGGAGUAA